UACCACUUCGGCUGAUUGAUGGUGUGAACGCACGUUUUGAACGCUCAGCCCAGCGCCAACGGUGAUCGAUUGAAUUUUACGGCUUUUAACUAGAUCACGUUGCACGAUUUGGUCCCGGAGACCCCGGUUACGGUGUUAGGGUAGGAUAUCGGUUUUGUUCAAAACGGUCGGCUUUAUGGAAAUUCAGACACGUUCUUACUGUGAGUAGCGCGGCGAGUUCUUGUAGCAGAUCGGCUCGUAGAGAUUAUACCGUUGUGAUCGGCCCUCCGAAGUAGUGUAAUCUUGUGUUGAAGUGAAGGUGAAGUGGUGUGAUUAAAAAUAAUUUUGUGCGUGUUCAGAAGAGCUUUGUCGGUCACCAGUUUGCUAUUUGGCGUUAGGAUUGCCCUGAAAAGAAGACUUGUGUUGUGCGCAAAUUCCAAACCAUCUCACUUAUAGGUUGUUGAUAAACGUGUGCUACCGAAGUGGAAGGAAUAGAAAGCACGUGAAAGUACCGAAGCAGAAAGAAAAAAAAAACUUGCUGGCAAGAGAAGAUUUACCCAUAGCGAAGAAGGCAAAAACGUUCGCUGAAAAGUCAUUAGCAGUGCAUUUAACGAAAAUGUAGAAAAAGAUUUUCCGAUAUCUGUGAGUCAUUGAAGAAAACACUAAAGUGUGAGUUGUGAUUUAAAUUGCGUAUUUUGAAAAUUUCGUGAGUGUAUCGCUUCAGAAUAAGCAGGAUUCAUGCUGUUUGAGAAACAAUGAGCCGAAGAGAUAACAACGUAAGGAAGCUGUCUUUCCUGGGAUUCAAUACUAAGGAGACAACCAAUGAUGACCCCAACCACGUACAGUUGGACGAUGAAAUGGAAAAGGUGUUCGGAUCGGUCGGCUCCGAUAAGGAGCGGUUCGAACUGAAGCGCCUCAACGAUGAAGUACUGGUGGACAACUCGCCGCUAAAGUACGACGAAUCGCACCGAUCCGUGGAUAAUCGGCCACUACUUCCCUCGGCGAGUCAUCGUCCCAUGGAUAACUCUCCCGGCGAGGGAGACGGUGGUGGAGGAGGAGGUCCGAGCAGUGGAUUGCAGGACAAUGGCUCCCCGCCGACAACCACGCCGACGAGUCCAAUCUCGCUUUCUUCCAAGAGCGAAACGACCACCAAACCAUCCAACGAUACCACGCUGGCGGAUAAUACGUCCAAUGAUUUCAGCGAAGCCGUACAUGAUGAACCGGUGGUGGAUCAGGGCAUGCUGCAGGGCGAACAGUGGGAUGCGAGCGCCCGAAGAAACGUCCAUUUCGACAGUAAGGACCGGCCGCCACAGUUUGAGGGGCUUCAAAUUGAAGAUAGCAACGAGGAACGUCGGCGUCGUACAGAGCGCCAUCAUCCUCAUAAGUCGAGGAAGUUCUCCCUACAAGAGUACCACCCGGAGUGGAGGCGUCAGAGUGGAGCGGAGGGAGGUAAUACCACCACCCGAAGGGUUUCCGUUCAACCUGAGGAUGCAACGUUACAGGAGGCCGACAUAGACGAGUUAACCUCUCACCGUUCCGAUGACCCUCGAGCAAUGCGUCGCCAUAAAGUGAGCGCCCAAUCGCAAACCCAGGGCGGCCCAUCCAUAGUCAACAUCAACCGCAAGGAAGGUGACAAGUUACAGCAUCUUCUUCCAUCAAACAAGUUCAAGAAAAUGUACGAUCACAGCCCGCAUGAGGUGUUUGUCCAGCUCGACGAACUCAGCGGAUCGGGUGAAGACCGCGAAUGGAAGGAAACGGCCCGUUGGAUCAAGUAUGAGGAAGACGUGGAGGAAGGAGCCGAUCGUUGGGGUCGUCCGCACGUGGCCUCGCUGUCGUUCCAUUCACUGUUGAAUCUACGCCGCUGUCUCGAAACUGGUGUUGUGCUAAUGGACCUUGAGGAAAAGGACCUGCCCUCGGUCGCAUACCGGAUUGUGGAACAGAUGGUUAUCGAUGAGCUGAUCCACGAGGAUGAUAAACCAACGAUUAUGCGAGCCCUCUUGCUCAGACAUCGUCACGUCAACGAGCACUCACACGGUGGCUUUCAUUUCGGUCCGAAACGAAAGUACAGCAGCUACAGUAGUUUACAGUCGCUAUCCUCACGAGCCGAGGAUGGCAACGGUGAGGUAAUUGUUGGCGUACGAAGACUUAACUCGUUCGUAAGUCCUACGCAAAGCUAUACCCUUAGCCCUCCCUCAUUGCAUCAUCCCAACUUUAGUCCUAGCUUAGCAACUAAACAGCAACAAAAGCAGCGCCAUGCGGUCCAGCGACAACCGAGCAAUGGAAGUACCUCGGGUGGAAGCGUUCACCAGCAUCCUCAAUACCAGCCGCAUCAACGCCACAGGCGGACUGAAAGUCAGGACAGUAGCUGCGCUAUACCGGUGGCCAUUACCACGGUUACCAGUGCCGUUGGUAUGCGGCGCAAUAACUCACCUAUCGCACUGACAGUUGUAAAUAAAAGCGUAGACGACAAGAAGCCUCGGAUCGUACCAUCCAGUGAAAUCAACGGCCAUGGUCAUGGUGAAACGAAAAUCAACAUGCACGAGGAAACGUACACCUCAUCGCAGGAGGACAUCAAAAUGCGCGUGCAGAAGGAAUCGAUCCUGAAGCGUAUUCCGGAGGGCGCUGAAGCUACCACUGUGCUUGUUGGUUCGGUCGAUUUCCUCGAGCAGCCGACCAUUGCGUUUGUUCGGUUGGCAGAAGGUAUCCCGAUGCCUAGUAUAACGGAGGUGCCGAUUCCCGUGCGUUUCCUGUUCAUUCUUUUGGGACCAAAGACUGCCGAACUGGAUUACCAUGAAGUGGGUCGGUCGAUUGCCACACUCAUGUCCAACGAGCAUUUCCAUGAUAUUGCUUACAGGGCAGAUGAUAGGAAGGACCUGCUGUCAGCUAUCAAUGAAUUUCUGGAUGAUUCGAUUGUGCUACCACCGGGCAAGUGGGAACGACAGGCGUUGCUACCGUUCGAUGAGCUUAAAGCCAAAAGUGAUAUGAUUCGAUUGAGAAAGAAGAAGGCAAUCGACGAAAAGAUUAAGAACAAACAGCCGCUACUGACCAGUGAAGAGGAGAAGAAACUUCUAGCGGCAGCCGAUGGAGAUGGGAAGAAGCCUAAGAAGAAUCCUUUGGAAAAGACCAAUCGUUUGUGGGGAGGCCUAAUUAAUGAUAUUAAGCGACGAUAUCCGAUGUACAAGAGUGAUAUUAAGGAUGGAUUGAAUACGGAAACCUUAGCGGCUACUAUAUUCAUGUAUUUUGCUGCUCUGUCAACGGCCAUCACCUUCGGUGGUCUAGCAUCGGCUAAGACACAAAACUUGAUUGGGAUCUCUGAAACGCUGGUAUCUGCCUCGAUGGUUGGACUUGUGUUUCAUGUGUUUUCUGGUCAACCUUUGGUUAUCAUCGGUACCACCGGUCCACUGCUGCUGUUCGAUGAAGCACUCAAUCAGUUCUGUAUUCAGAACGACUUCGAAUUCUUGACAGUGAGAGUCUACGUAGGAGUUUGGUUAGCAAUCAUCGCUCUGGCUGUGUCUGCCUUCGAAGGUAGUGUUUACGUACGACUAUUCACUCGAUUCACUCAAGAAAUCUUCUCCGCUUUGAUCACAUUGAUCUAUAUAGUUGAAACUGUAAUGAAGCUGGUCGACUCCUAUGCUCGGCAUCCUCUCUUGGCUGAAUACCAGUACAAAAAUGUUACAAUUACUCCUGCACCACUACUCGAAACCGAUUCCAACUCAACAGUUGAUACUUCAGUUGGCCUACUGGCAGAAAGCCUCACGGCAGUUGCAAACUUCACCGCUGCCCCGUUGUCAGAUAACUUGCUCAUUCCAAGCGAUUCCAUUGGACCCCUGAAUCAACCGAACACCGCCUUAUUCUGCACAAUUCUGACGUUGGGAACAUUCUCGCUAGCCUACUAUCUUAAAUUGUUCAGAAAUUCACACUUCUUGGGACGCAACGCUCGACGUGCCCUUGGUGAUUUCGGUGUGCCAAUCUCUAUUGCCAUCUUCGUUUUAGUCGAUUAUAUGAUUCCACAAGUUUACACCGAGAAGCUGAGUGUUCCGGAGGGCCUUUCGCCAAGUGAUGAAACUCGCCGCGGUUGGAUCAUUCCUCUAGGAGGAGUUCCCGGUUGGAUGCCCUUCGUAGCUGGCAUUCCAGCGUUGUUGGUGUACAUCCUUAUCUUCAUGGAAACCCACAUUUCCGAAUUGAUUGUGGACAAACCGGAGCGUGGUUUGAAGAAGGGAUCUGGCCUGCACAUGGAUAUCGUGCUACUCUGCUUCCUGAAUACAGUUUGUGGAUUCUUUGGAAUGCCAUGGCACUGUGCCGCUACUGUUCGAUCGGUUACACACGUGUCCGCAGUGACAAUCAUGUCCAGAACGCACGCUCCAGGUGAAUCUCCUCACAUUACGGACGUGAAGGAGCAGCGUAUCUCCGGAUUUUUCGUUUCCCUCAUGGUGGGUCUUUCGGUUACGAUGGCACCAAUUCUGCGACUUAUUCCCAUGUCCGUGCUGUUCGGUGUGUUCCUGUACAUGGGUAUCGCAUCCAUGAGUGGCGUUCAAUUCUUCGAAAGGUUGCGACUGUUCUUCAUGCCUGUGAAGCAUCAUCCACAGGUGCCGUUUGUGCGUCGGGUACCUUCCUGGAAGAUGCACAUCUUUACCGUGGUGCAGGUUCUUGCCUUGGCCAUGCUGUGGGCUGUUAAAUCGUCGUCCAUCUCGCUGGCGUUCCCAUUCUUCCUCAUCAUGAUGGUACCAAUCCGGAAGCAGAUGGAGAGACUAUAUAGUCCUCUGGAACUCAGAGCGUUGGACGGCAGUCAACCGAACGAAGGAGCAGAGGACGAACCUGACUUCUAUGAACAAGCGCCAAUUCCUGCUUAGAAAUCUACAGGACAUAGCAUUAGGAGGAAAGUGCAACAAAAAAGCAAAAUACCCCUUUAAAUAAACCCUAGCUGUAUUGUGUAUUGAUUUUGUUCUGUUUGUUAUAUUUGACCAUGUGCAAAAAAACACAUUCGACACAUUGUUUCACUUAUUUACAUCUUGUAUGGUAGAAUUAGUGAAAACUUAUAGAGGAAUAUCGAUUCGUCCAUGCAUAUUAUACAUUGUUUACAUAACAGCUCGAUCGGACGAAACUUCUAUGAAGUACAAUAAUGUUUUGUUAAUUGUUUACCAGUUACACAUCAUACACACAAAUUAUGUGAACGAGCGUUCAGAGUCUAUACAUAUAUUUUUCUAUGAAUACUUUUUAUUAGGGACACGACUAGGAUAACACCAUUGGCUAGAAACAGUAAAUUUGAAAAUUAAAUGAAUAACUCCUAUUUUGUCCUAAAUUUUCCCUUUUAAUGAAAUUCACACAAAAAAAAAAGAAAUCAAAGUUAGGCUACAUGAAACAGAAAAUUUGAAAUAAUACAUACACCUACAAUUAUAAAGAGUAAAGAUUCAUUCAUCAUAGAUUAUAUCCCUUUAAUUCAGGAAAAAAAAACAUAAAAAGAUAAAAUAUAGAAGUAUCGAAACGUGAAUAUUGCAACAUUGUAGAAGACAUACUUAGUAAAAAAUCUGAAAGAAUGUGCAACAAUCUGUGAUCAGUAUUACUUACAAGUGUAGAAACAAAAAAAUACACUUAAAACCAACGCCCCUGUACAACAAAAAGAAACCUUUAUGAUUUCGGAACUAAAAACACAACACCCACACAAAGCAUGUAACGAAAUGGUGCAAAUGACAAGGAAAAAGAGAUGCUUACUUGAGAAAAGAAAUCAGGAACUGUAGCAGGAAAGUGAACUCAUUACAAGGAACGAAACAGAGAAUAGAGAAAAGUAUUUUUGAUAUUUAUGGGAAAUCUGCUCUUAGAGCAGCCUAAGGAAGAAAUCAAAUACAAGCACAUAA